GUCAUGGGGCGUAUGCGUUCAUUCACACUAUGCAGUCUUGCAUGCUCUCGCUGUGUACUCUGGGAACAGUCGAUAGAUCCAAGAUGGCGGCGAGCAGGAGACUGCAUAAGGAACUUGAAGAAAUCCGCAAAUCUGGAAUGAAAAAUUUCCGUAACAUUCAAGUUGAUGAAUCAAACAUUUUGACUUGGCAAGGACUUAUUGUUCCUGACAACCCCCCAUACGACAAAGGAGCCUUCAGGAUUGAGAUAAUCUUUCCUGCCGAGUACCCCUUCAAACCUCCUAAGAUCACAUUCAAAACAAAGAUCUACCACCCAAAUAUCGACGAGAAGGGGCAGGUGUGUCUGCCAGUUAUAAGUGCAGAAAACUGGAAACCAGCUACCAAAACUGACCAAGUAAUCCAGUCACUCAUCGCUCUUGUGAAUGACCCUCAGCCAGAACACCCUCUGCGGGCCGACCUAGCAGAAGAAUACUCAAAGGACCGUAAAAAAUUCUUUAAGAAUGCAGAAGAGUUUACAAAGAAACAUGGUGAAAAACGGCCAGUGGACUAAUACCUGACAAGUGUGUAGUCCCUCACUCUCCUCUACCUACCUACUCCCCCACCAACCCACUCCCACCUUCCCUUCCUCCUGUGUACCCUGGUAGCUCCUCUUCCUCCCCCCCCCCCCCCCCCCCCCCUCCUUCUCCAAACUCUGCACUUUGUCUCCCCCGUCCUCUCCCUGCGCACUUGUCAUUAUAGUAGACCUGGAGAAGCGUCUCCCAGUUGCAAGCUCCAUUGUGAAGCAGGACUCGUGGACCCGACAAAGAAUCUCUGCCUGAUAUUAGUUUGAGGCCAUUACUAACUUUCUACUAUUUUCUUAAGUUUAAAAAAAAAAAAAAACAGGAAAUAAAACAAUAAAAAAGUGAUUAGGUUGCUAAGAUAGGGAAAUGCACCAUGGUUUUCUUUUUUGGAGAAAGGGGGUAGGAAAGCAUUCUGUGUCCACACUGAAGUUUGGAUACGAGAUAUCCGAGAGGGGGAGGAGAAAGUGUUUAUCAUUAUCCAGCUCCUUAAGGGUAAUUCUUUGACCGUUCUAAAUGAUGACAUGUCUCUAUAAAAAGCCAAGAGGUAGUAGUGGUAUAUAUCUGGACAUGUGGUUGAAAAAAAGUUAAUAUAGGUAAUACGUUUUCUUUCUCUCUUUUUUUUUUUGCAUUGAGUUGCACUGUACUGUGUUAGUAAAUACCCAUCCCAUCCCAUCUCUCUCCACCCUCAGUUUGUAAGUCACUGAUUAGUCAGUUAUCAAAUGCACCAUAGGUACCAGUUUUGUUAUCAGUAAAGUUUCAGAAAAUGAAAAGAAGGAUACAGAUAUUUGCGUGUGUGUGUGUGUGAAUGAAUGUGCUUGUGAAUGAGAGUGCGACUGAACAUAAUUUUUAUGGGGAAAAUGCUAAUUUUGAAAAAAAAAAAAAAGUGAGACACUGAUUUAACAGAUAUCAUAUGCAAUUGUAAUUUUUUUGGCUCCAAGUAUCCUGACAUGGUUUGAAUGAAUAUCAAAAAAACUGUUAAAUUGUGGAGUCAACAGAGUGCAUAUAUACAUCCGGAGCCCCUUUUCUUUGACCAAAAUAAACUUAGUUUUAAUCUAUGGCACUUCAAAGAAUAUAAACUUCUCCAUGUACUUCUUUAACAUGCUGUACCAUUAGAUUCAUACUACUAAUUCCCCGUAAUUUUAGCCACAGUGUCAGUGUUGCUGCAAGCGAGCCCUUUGAGUACAUGGUAAUGAAAUUGUCUGCCUAAGGAUGUAAGCAUAUAAAUUUAUCUCUCACUUGAAAAUUUAUGGUUUUACAUUGGUGUAUCAAAUAAGUUGAUGUAUGCCUGCCCCUGCUAAUUUCAGUCUAUGUCCCUUGUCACAGUUUGCACUGUCAGUACUCAGUCAAGGGACAUGCAUUGUGGGGAAUAGGACUAUCAGUGGAGUAUGAAAAAUCUGUGACUUUGGUUUGGCGUUGCCUAAUAAAUUGCUGUAAACAUG